CCCCUCCCCGUCUCCGUCCCCCUCCACCUCGCCUCCCUCCCCCCCAGCGCCGGCCACCUCCCGCCCUCGCCUCUCGCCCGCCCUCGCCUCUCGCCCGCCCUCGCCUCUCGUCCACCCUCGCUCGCUCGCAGCCAUGUCCCAGGCAAACGCCGAUCUCAACACCAACAUCGCGCUGAAGAUUCUGGUCAUCGGCAAGUCCGGUACCGGUAAGUCGUCCAUCAUCCAGCGCUAUGUCAACCGGCGCUUCGACAGCACCUACCGCUUCACGAUCGGUGUGGAUUUCUUCUCCAAGCAUGUGACCCUGCCCCAGCUGAAGGAGCCGGCGGAUUCCGACAGCGCCGAUGAGGCCACCGCGUCGCCGAGCCCCGGCGCGGCCGACUCCCCGGGCAACUCCCCGACCGGCAACAUGAUCUCCCCGCCGCGGACGUCGACUGCCGCGGGUGGCGAUGCGGCGGCAGCGGCGGACGCAGCGGCCGCCCCGGUUGCCGCUCCCAACGCCAUUGUGGCGGCCGCCCCGCGCGACCCGAUCCCCGCUUGCGUGUACGAGCGUGGCAUCCGCGAGCGCUUCGAGGCCGGCCCCAUCAACCUGAUCGUCAACCUUUGGGACAUUGCCGGCCAGGAGCGCUAUGGCGCCAUGACGCCGGUAUACUACCGCGGCGCGCACGCGGCCAUCAUCGUCUUCGACAUCAACCGGCCGGACUCCUUCAACGACGCCACCCGCUGGAAGCAGGAUCUCCUCAAGCGCUAUGGCGAUGUGCCGUGUGUCCUGCUGGCGAACAAGUCCGACCUGGUUCCCCGUGGCGUCACGGUGGAGAUGAUUGAGAGGACCGUCGAGGAGCACGGCUUCAUCGGAUGGUUCGAGACCUCCGCCAAGACCGGCUCCAAUGUGGACCUCGCCAUCGAGUACCUGAUCUACACCGUGGUAGCCAACCUGCCGGAGAGCGCCUUCACCGAUAAGAAUGCCCUCCAGCGGGCGCAGGCCGGCUUCGGCGCCGAGGGGGACCCCGGCACUCUGUCCCGUUCGAGGAUGGGCCUGACCAUCCUCGGAUCCGACAAUGAGGUUGUCGGCGAGGAUCGUGGCGCCGCCGCCAAGGACCGCUCCGACACCGGGAAAACCGACCCGGCCUCCAAGGACUCCAGUUGCUGCUAGAGGCAAUGCACGCUGCUUGCCGUGUUAUUCCCUGUUUCCCC